CGCUGGUUCCAAGUAACAGCUCUGCCCUCGCACAGGAGAAAAGGAGCGUGGGGAGAACAGGUCUGUCUCCCGCUAAAAGAGGAGCAGAAGAGGAGAGGGGAGACUCCAGCCCCCUCGGCCUGGAGAUGCACUAGGACAAAUGAAAACAGAGCUGUCAUUGGAAGCCGGUUUUUCUCUCUGAUAUGGACUCAACCUGAAGCUCGUCACGUUUCCUGAGCUGAGAGGACUGAAGAGAGGGCGCUGGUGGAGUUUACAGAGUGCCCUGGGGGGCUGGUACCUGUAGAUACACCUGCACACAAACACUGAGGGAACAGCAGGAUGGAAGAAGCAGCAGAGGACGGGGGCAAGAUGACCAGCCAGCAGGCUCUGUGUGCCGCGGACCAAAAGACAAGCAGACGUGCUGGCAUCUCCACUCUCAAAUUGUUUAUUGUGGCGCUCUCCUUCGCCUAUUUCUCCAAGGCCCUGACAGGAACCUACAUGAAGAGCUCCAUCACUCAGAUUGAGAGACGUUUCGACCUCUCCAGCACCCACAUUGGACUCAUAGAUGGCAGUUUUGAGAUGGGCAACUUGUUAUUCCUUGCUGUGGUCAGCCAUUUUGGUGCAAAGCUGCAUCGGCCCAGGCUCAUCGCCGUUGGCUGUUUCCUCAUGGCGGUGGGGGCCUUUCUCACUGGCUUGACCCACUUCUUCAUGGGACGCUAUAAGUAUGACACGAUCAUUCAGGUUUUCCAGAAUGACAGCAUGAACAUCGCUGCCUGUGUGGACCCUCUGAAAACACUGGAAGUACCAGAAAUUCAGAUAGAGCCUUCUUUAGAGGACAACAAAGCUUGUGUGAAAGAGUCUGGUUCCAAUAUGUGGAUCUACGUGUUCCUGGGGAACGCUCUGCGGGGGAUUGGAGAGACACCAGUCACACCUCUGGGCAUCGCCUACAUCGAUGACUUUGCUAAAGCUGAAAACUCACCGUUCUACAUAGCAUGUCUCCAGACCAUUACUCUCCUGGGCCCCAUGUUUGGUUUCCUCCUGGGCUCCUAUUGUGCCAAACUAUAUGUUGACAUUGGAUAUGUUGAUAUGGAAAGUGUGACCAUCACUCCUAAAGAUGCCCGCUGGGUGGGAGCCUGGUGGAUGGGCUUCCUGGUGUCCUCUGCUCUCCUGCUCAUCUCCAGCAUCCCGUUCUGGUUCCUGCCCCGCUCACUGCCCAAGCAGGGGGGAGAUGAGGGCAAACCAACACUAGUACAGGAGACCCUGGAUGGGACAGAUGAUGCCCUCAACAACAACCACAACCUCAAGUUUACUGAAAUCGCAAAAGGGUUUCUUCCCUCGCUGAAGCGCCUGUUGGGAACUCCUGCCUAUUUCUUGCUCCUGUGUGGCAGCGUCCUGAAGUUCAACUCCUUCAUCGGCCUGUUCACCUUCAAAGCCAAAUACAUGGAACAACAGUUUGGACAGUCUGCAUCCAGAGCCAACUUCCUUAUAGGUGUGUUGAACCUGCCAGCGGUGGCAGUGGGGAUCUUCCUGGGAGGGCUGCUGAUGAAGAGGUACAAACUGAGCGUGGUGUCAGGAGCUCAGCUCUCCUUUGCCACAUCCUUCAUGGCAUACCUCCUCCUGCUGCUACAGUUUGGCACCAAGUGUGACAACAUUCCCGUGGCUGGCCUCACCAUUUCAUACAAUGGGACGCCGAGUACAUCAUACGAAAGUGAAAUGCUCUUCUCAGAGUGUAACAGAGACUGCUCAUGUUCGGCAGAGGAGUGGGACCCUGUGUGCUCAGACAGCGGCAUCACCUACAUCUCUCCGUGUAUGGCUGGCUGCCUCAGUUCCAGCGGAUACGGCAAGAACACAGUCUUUCACAACUGCAGCUGCGUGUCUGCCUCCUACCCAGCGGGCAGCAGCACAUCAGUGAAGCUGGGCCAGUGUCCCCAUGCCAAGGACUGCAGCCGCAGUUUCACCUCCUACAUGGCUGUAUCUGUCCUCAGCUCCUUCAUCAACUCUCUGGGAGCCACACCUGGAUACAUGGUCAUCAUACGGUGCAUCUCACCAGAGCUCAAAUCGCUGGCGCUGGGUAUGCAGGCCUUGGUAACCAGGACUCUUGGUGGAAUUCCUGCACCAGUGUAUUUUGGGGCCCUGAUUGAUUCAACUUGCCUGAAGUGGUCGAUCAAGAAGUGUGGGGGCAGGGGCGCAUGUCGCAUUUAUGACUCUGAAAUGUACAGGAUCAUUUUCCUGGGUCUGAUCACCUGUCUCAGCGGUUCCUCCUAUUUCUUCAUCAUUGCCGUCAUCGUUCUCCUCAGAAAACAGUUUCGAAAGCCAGAGCGGGAAACAGCGUCACAGCAACCGAAAGCUUCAAAGGAAAUCGAGCUUAAGGCCCCAUCGAACCCCACUAAGGACCAGCCCAGCGCUCCUAAAACUCCCAAAGUGCCUCAUGCCCCAAAUGUUCAGGUAAGGACUGCGACAGAACUGGAGGAGGGAAGGGAGGUUUGUAAAAGAGAGCAGCCCGCUGAAGAUGGCAAACUCAUCUCCACAAGUAACACACAAGAGAAGCAACAGUCCGGUUCCCUGACACAGAUCACUGUUGAGCUCUCUCCACCUCCUGCUGAUGGAGCAACGUCAGAGCUGCACAAGCUGACGCCAGAGGAGGAGGAGGAGGAGGAGGAGAGGAAAGAUGAAGUCUGCACGGAGUCGAACGUGCAGGUGGAUAAAGAGAAGCCGGACCCUCAGAACGAGCUAGAGGAGGAAACACAUCACAGCAAAGAAACUGACGGCCAACAAAACUGAGGUGUUCAUGUCAAACAAGGCCUCACGGGACUGCUGUAGAAAUGUUUGGCCAAAAGUUGCAUUUGCUUGGAUUGUCGGGAGGGAUUGCUUCUUCCUCUGGACUAUGGCGUGCUCUAUUCUGUAACAGUAUUUUCUUUUUCUUCUUUUAUUACAGGAUAGAGCUGUUACAUCUUAUACCUAUCACUUAGUCAUGAAGAGACAUUUUCCACAAUUCAAAAAUACUGACUCAUGCUAUGGACGCAACAAAGUUUCUGUUUGGUCUCUUCCUUGCAAGUGGCUUAUGUGCUAAAAGUGCAAAUUGAGAACAGAAUUUUCAAAUGUGUUAUUUAAACCUGCAGUAAUUCAGUUUUUUGGCCACUUGGGGGCAGCGCAACAAGAUGCAAAUACAAUCCUGCAAUAUUCUCACCUUAUAAAGUUGAGGGGCAAACAUGCUAACUAAGAGUGGCUUAUUUAAACCUUGAGCAGACACAGAGCAGCAUUAGCAUUCAUUUGGAGUCGUGUUUCUUGGCACCUGAUGAUCACAAGUCAAAUAUUCACUCUCCUUUUAGCUCCUGAGAUUUAAUCCCCAACAAACCUGAAGAAAAUAUCUAGUCCUUUAGCUGCUAAAUCCUGCACUAUGUUCACCAGCUAGUUGUUAACUUUGUUUUUCUGCUGUUGGACAAGUAGUGUACAGUUUUAUUGUUUGUUUAUUUUUUUUUGCUGAAAGCAGCUGCCUUUGAAAAGACACUGAUUAGAGCUGUGAGAGUGAACCAAAACAGUACAGUUGUAAGACCAGAACAAUUAUAUAAAAGAUGAUAUAAAGCUCUGUAGAAUGGACAGUAACUGCAGAGUUAGGUGAUAAUUCUCUGUGGGUUUGAAACCUUUCACAUCACACAUGCUGUAAUGUGAAAGGUGGAGCUUUCGCUCCUUUGUUGACAUAAAAAAAUAUUGAUUUUAGCAGCUUUAAGUUUUGGUAAAAGGUUGUUUGUCUAGUUUGGAGAUGGUAUUAAAAUUGACAUUAUGUAUACAAUAUCAAAGAUUA